AGGACUUACCCAAUUACAAGCUGAUCCUGGGUGUUUUUCUGGCUGUGGCUGUUGACAUCGUGAUAUUCGCGACGUGGAUAUUCCUUGGCGAGAUGAAAGUUGGCAAAACCAGGUCUGAUCCAGUGCUGGACACCUCUCAGCCUAAGGAAGAGAUAUAUGUUGUCUCCGUCGUUCCCUUUUGCACUUCUAAAUACAUGAGCUAUUUUACGGGCGCGAUUUACACCGCGAAGGGAAUUCUGCUGGCAUUCGGGAUCUUUCUGGCUUGGGAAACGAGGAAGAUUACCGUCUCGUCGCUGAAUGAUAGUAAGUACAUCGGGAUGUCCAUCUACAUCGUGGCCAUCUUUCUUGCUAUCGUUCUGCCGCUGCUCAAUCUCCACGUGGUCCGACAAGACGUGACCCUUAACUUCGCCAUUCUCGGCUCGGCCAUUAUCAUUGCCAACACCACCGUCUUGUGUCUGGUGUUUAUUCCAAAGAUUUAUCUCCUGUAUAAAGUUGGUAAAUCCAACUUCCAAGUCAGCAUGAUGACAAGGUUCGCGUCUAAUCACUCCACAGCCGUACUGACCGAUUUUACAGGCGAUGCAUCGUGCGUCGGGCUCGAAGAGAAACUUAAUCGAAAAGAAGCAUUCUUGGAGCGCUUGAAACACCAUCUGGCCACCGUGGUCUCAUCGUUACAAAAACAACAAAGAACGUCUGAAGGAACGACCAGUCACAACAAUAGCAGUGCAAAAACUGCACACUGAUUCGAACUUCAAACUGCAGUUUUGAACCUUACAGCGUUUUCGCUCGUGCCAAGCACCCUAGCGCUGGGAAGCGUGACGCAAUUUUUGUUGAGCACUCCUUGGUUAGAGUUCAUUUGAACAAUAACACUGGUCUACACGCAUGACACAUGUGCACUGAAUGUGCAUGUGUUGAUUAUGAAAGCAAGUAACUCAGAGUUUAAUUAAUGGAUUAAAUUGGGAACUUUAUAUAUACGUUAUACAUUUGCGUCUUAAACAAAAUCGGUUUUACGUCACUCGAAAUCUUGGGGGAUCUGUUCUAUCCUCUUACUGUGAGUAGGCCCAAAACAUUGCCACUUUGGGUAAAGUCCUGUCCAGAUCUGCAGUCCUUUUGUAAUCUGCGAGAACACUUUAUUAAACAUGCACCUCAGGUGCUAUGAAUAUGUAAAAAUGUGCAUCUUAGCACUGCAGUACACAGCCACGUGUCUCACUGCACGUUUCUCUCGUGUGACUACAUCCAUGUUUUGGAAUGCAACUGGAUAUGGACCUCAAGCUGGAGCAAGAGAGGGCGCAAUUUUCAUAGCAAUGGUGGCUCCUGUGGUCGGCACUGCACUUCGAUGGUUCACGAACGACUAUGAAAUGCAUGCGUUGUGGUCGCAUUGCUACCAAAAAAAUGAAAACUCCCGACCAGAAUGGCUCUUUCCAAUCGAUGAGGGGGUACUUCUACUCGAGGCGGAUAACGUGCACCUAUGGAACCUACUGGCCGCUGAGUUAUCGCAUUGAGGCACAUGACACAGAAUCAAUGGCAGUGUAGAGAAAGAAAACUGAACAUUUCAAACUUAGUUUUAUGCGCAUGUUGCCACGCAGUACCAAAGCGGUAGAAAGGGAUACAGAGUCAAAAUGGAUUUUGAUAGUUUUACAAUACACUUGAACAAAUACUUUAAAAAAUUUCUUAAUCAUGUGAAAUGUGAUACUGAGUAAUGCGUUGUGGAUUUCUCCAUCUGACAGAAUAAAAUACAUAUAACAUAUGAAUCAAAAGUACUGAGAAUAUCUCCUUUUAUGCUCUGGGCGUGCAAGGUAUAUUAAUGUAUACCCUAUACAGUAUACUUCCACAAAAAGUCAUUCCAAUGGUUUACAUUUUACUCGUCUAUACACUUUAAAGAAAGAAGUCGAGAUGUUACACGCUGAAAUUUCCGUGUGAGCUGUUUUCUGGCAUGAAUCUACCAACACUAACCCCCUCAUUAAAAGUACAGGAAACGGCAAAUACAGGAAUAGAAAAGUAGAAUCACUCUGAAUAAUUGGAAAAUGUAUUGAAAUGGAGAUGUAUUUUCCGCCUUUGUGAUCUUAACUUUUAUUCAUAAAUCUGAAUGUUUAUUUGUAUUUAAGUUUAGUACCUCUCUGUUUUCGUUUGCUCGUUGAUUGUUUUUUAGAAUCACCAAUCUAUCCGUGUUAUAAAUCUACACAUUUCUUCCCUGUCUGCAUAAUACAAAAGCUAAUUACCAACACCAUAUCGAGAUGAACAAUCCUUAGAUUGAAUUGAGGCUGAAUACUCACAUGAUUAAUAAUCACUUAAAUUAUAAAUAAACAAUGCCCCGUUCGCACCCGUUCCUUACAACUUUAAUUCAUUUAAAAUUGAAGAAUGUGUGCGAUUGCAUUUUAUUUUAUUCUAUGUUUAAAAAGUCAUUUCCACUUGUACUUUUUCUUCUUACAAGGCCAAACAAUGUUAUAUUUUUGUGUGUCUGUGCUUGGAGAAACAUGGAUGUUUUAAUGCUGUCAUUGGGAAUCAGUCAAAGAGCGGUUAAUAAUUGUUUCCGAGCAAUUACUACCAACAUAUUAUUAUAUGAGACAAUUGCAGAGUAUGCAACCUUGCAAACUCCUUAUAAGAAGACAUUUAAGGUAUAGACUGCAGUGAUGAUCAUGACUUGUGUGUGUUUACUGUUUAUCAU